UGAUUGUGUAUUGGUUGGUGAAAAACGUGAAACAAAAAUGGUGGAACUCGGUUUGACAGAUGACAAUUUUCCAAACGUAUGUCGGCUGUGCCUGCAAGUGGACGAUUUUAUCGUGGAUAUAUUUCACAAUUUAGAUCCAAAUCCCGAUAAACGGCCGCUCCCGGAACGAAUUUAUGAUUUGUUUCAAGUAAAGGUUGCCAAAUCCGAUGGACUGCCCACUAGCAUUUGCCACACUUGCCUCUACUACACAGAAACCUUUUCGGAAUUCAAAUCAAACGUUCGAAAAUGUGAAGCUCGUCUACAAAAUUACGUAGCAUCACUAGGGAUCUUAGGUAGUAUACAAUCACCAGUGAACGACGAUGGAAUCAAACAGGAAAUAGAGGACGAAGCGAUUGAAGACUACACACGAACGGUACCUAAUGAUAAUAGUCUGGUUACUGUUGUCGAUCCAAAUCAGGACUAUGAAAGUUCCGACGACAGUUUCUCAAUUGAUUCGGAAAAUGAGUUUCCUGAACAGGAUCCAAAGAAAGGUGUUGAGAAGAUUCUUCAAAGCGAAGGAGUUGAGAUAAUCAAUGAGCCCGAUGAGAAGAGCGGGCCGACGUUCAAUGAUAUAGCGGCCGACGGGGUUGAUAGGAAUGUUUACCUUUGUCAGUAUUGUGAUAUGGCAUUUACAGCGCAAUUUGAUUGCUCUGUGCAUGAAGGCGGUCACGAUCAAGCGAACCCAUAUAGCUGUACUUAUUGCGUGUACAAAUGUUCCAGUCGUCAAGUUUUAAUUGCUCAUAUUAAGGAUGUGCAUGAUAACGACAGACCUUAUGUAUGUAUUCAGUGCCAUAAAGGGUUUGGAAGGAGGUCAGAUCUCAAGAAGCAUACGAUCGUGCACACAGGAGUUCGACCCUUCACAUGUCCUGUGUGCAACAAGAAUUUCUCAAGAAACACGAAUCUUACAAAACAUCUCCGAAUUCAUACAGGCCUUAAGCCUCACGUAUGCCAAAAAUGUCCACGAUCUUUCACAACUACUGCGGAUCUAGUUCGUCAUCAAAGAGUGCAUGUCGAUAGCAAGCCGUUCCAGUGUCCUAAAUGUCCCUCAUCGUUCACUCGAAAGGAUAAGCUGAUGCAUCAUGAGAGGGCCCACAUACGGAAGGAGAAGCAGAACACUCCUGUCCCGGCUAUGCCCAACGGCGAGACUGCCAAUCCCGUCAGACAAAUCAACGGAACUGGGCAAGAUAUGGAAAACAUGGUAAUAUCCUUAGAUCCUUAUACGGAUAUGAACCAGGGAGAAAACAGUGCGCAUAAUAACUCAGUGGACUCCUUACAAAACACGCCAAAGAAGCCAAUUGCAACUUUACCUGCACCGGGACAGGAAGGUCGACCUCAGGAACACGUUACCGGGGACGUGGUACUGAACAUUAACUCUGGUGAUGAUUAUAAUAAUGUAUAUUCCUGUGAUUAUUGUCCGCAAAAGUUCACCCUCUUCUCGGCUCUCAUACAUCACAACAGCACACAUAACAAUUUCAAAGGACAUGUUUGCACUGUCUGCUCAAAGCGCUUCAUGAGAAAACGCGAGCUCCAACGCCAUUCAGUGAUUCAUACGGGCCUGAAACCGUAUUCAUGUCGAUUUUGCAACAAACGCUUCAACAGGAAGGACAAAGUUGUACGCCACGAACGUAUUCACACCGAAGAGAAAUUCAAUUGCACUCAAUGCGAACUGGGUUUCUCCAAGCAAGAGGCUUUGGAUAUGCAUUUAAAAGUCCACGAAUUGAAUAACGAAGCAUCACAACAGCAGCAAAUGCAUCAUCACCAACAGUACCAGCAACAUUUCCCGCAGCAUGGACAGUUCCCGCCAUUCCCGUUCCAGCAACAGGGACAGCAAUCGCAUCAGUCCUACUAUCACCAUGGCCAGCCACAAUUUCCGCCGCAUAAUCUGCCCGAGAAUAUUUUGAGGGAUCAUCCGAGCAAUGGAGGUCCUCCCGGCGGAUUAUUACCUCUGCUUCCAAGCGUAUACAUGCCCGGGUUUAUGCCGCCGCAAAUGAAUUUUUACAAUGAACUGCGAAGUGAUGACUGAAAAGAUGGAGCUCGGUGUUAGCUUUUCUGUUUGUUAUUUUUUAUGAUAGAAUUAUUUAACUUUCUUGUCAUAUUAUGAUUGUAAAUUAUGUUAGCAAACAAUAAGAUGGGCCGUUUUUGAGUUCCAGUGCUUAGUCUUGUAAUGAAUUGAGAUGUUUAGCAUUAUUACCAUCCAUUGAACACGUUAUGGCAUGACAGAUUUUAAAUGAAAUAAAUAUUUAAAAUUGUA